AUGGAGUCGCCGACGAAGUCCGAGAAGCUCGUGCAAGAAGACCCACUGGAGAUCGGGCGCGAUGGCAUACCGGCAGAGAUCUGGGAAGAUAUGGUCAAACACGAAAAGUUCAUCUACUUCUCGCUCAUGUUCCUCAACGGCUCGGUGCUCUGGGCCUACUACUCGUGCCUUAGUGCUCAAGAUUUCUACACGGUCGAGUUCCCCGACUCUGGACUCGAUUUCUCGUUCCUCACGACGCUGUGCACGGCCUGGCCCAUGGUUCUCGGCCAGGGACUGCAGAUGGUCUUCGGUCUUGACAAGAAGUUCAGCCAACGCACUCGCGUUCACGUGGGCUACUGCAUCUUCAUGGUCAUGGCUAUCCUCAUUAUGGUCUUCAGCGCUAUCGACUUCUCCAAUCAAAAGACCGGCGGAAUCCUCGUGCUCGUGUGCUUCGGCUGUAUCGGUUUCGGAAAUUCUCUAUCCGAGGCCACAUAUUACACAUUUGCGGCGUUAUUUCCAAUUGAGAAAUUCACGAAUGGAGUGCAAAUCGGCAACACCUGCGCCGGUAUCUUGAAUAUCACAGUGGCCACUGUGUUGCGUCUUGCGGUUGGAGGAGUGAACCAAACGAGUAGCUCCACAAAGUUGAGCUUCUAUCUCUUCUUUAGUCUAUUGGUAAUUGUCCUGGUAUGUGCCAUCCUGCUCUACCGCUACUUGGUGAGUCUGCCAUCGGUUAAAUUCCUAAUGGAUCGCAACGAGAAUUCGGCCAAGGAGGAACAUUUAGCGAAUCAAUCGGUGGGCCGUACACUGCAAAAUCUGAGCCGCAUCUUUUCAAUCAUUUGGAUUCCUGCCAUCGCGCAGUUCCUCAUUUUCUUCGUGUCACUCUCGGUAUUCCCUGGUUUCGGCUGCGCGGCAUCGCGGAACUUGUUUCCUCCGUACAGCGACGAAGUCCACAACCUCACGUCGACAUGGUACUGCUCUCCUGGUAUCAUUGGCAGCUACAACUAUGGCGAUUUCAUUGGUCGUAUCUUGUGUACGGCCGCGGUGUACCGCGUGGUAACCAUGGGGUGGGCGUUCGGGUUGUCUGUCCUCCGUAUCGCCUUCAUCCCGUUGCUACUCAUGGGUGUGGCCGGCACGUCGCUCUAUGCGUUCCCGUUCGGCAGUAUGGGAGCGUUGGCCUACAACAUCGUACUCAAUCUUCUCAUCGGCAUUUCUACGGGUUUACUGUCGACUGUAACAAUGGGCGUGGCGCCUCGAAUGCUGAAACCGGAAGACCGCGAAUCGGGCGGCGCCGUCAUGGUUUUCUUCCUGUUCCUCGGGAUCGCCACAGGCUCCACCUUCGGCUUCCUCGUCAGCGACAACGGAUGGCUCGGUUUUUUUAUUGCAACACCUGCUGCGGUACAGACAGGUUUUGUUGAGCAAGCAGAGCCACAAUCAGUCGAUGUGUCGGUGAUUCGUCCUGGCUACGGACAUUUCUUCCCUCUCACAAGUCGGCCAUUCCGCAAUUCGCCGGGCCAGUCUCAAGAGGUUUCGAGUCCCAUGGAGUCUCCCAGCAAGUCCGAGAAGCUCGUGUCUGACGACCAGGUCGAGCUGGGCCACGACGGUAUGCCCGAGGAGAUCUGGGACGACAUGGUCAAGAACGAACGCAACAUUUUCUUCUCGCUCAUGUUCCUCAACGGCUCGGUGCUCUGGGCCUACUACUCGUGUCUGAGUGCGCAGGACUUCUACACGGUCGAGUUCGCUGAUUCGGCGAAUCAAUCGGUGGGCCGUACACUGCAAAAUCUGAGCCGCAUCUUUUCAAUCAUUUGGAUUCCUGCCAUCGCGCAGUUCCUCAUUUUCUUCGUGUCACUCUCGGUAUUCCCUGGUUUCGGCUGCGCGGCAUCGCGGAACUUGUUUCCUCCGUACAGCGACGAAGUCCACAACCUCACGUCGACAUGGUACUGCUCUCCUGGUAUCAUUGGCAGCUACAACUAUGGCGAUUUCAUUGGUCGUAUCUUGUGUACGGCCGCGGUGUACCGCGUGGUAACCAUGGGGUGGGCGUUCGGGUUGUCUGUCCUCCGUAUCGCCUUCAUCCCGUUGCUACUCAUGGGUGUGGCCGGCACGUCGCUCUAUGCGUUCCCGUUCGGCAGUAUGGGAGCGUUGGCCUACAACAUCGUACUCAAUCUUCUCAUCGGCAUUUCUACGGGUUUACUGUCGACUGUAACAAUGGGCGUGGCGCCUCGAAUGCUGAAACCGGAAGACCGCGAAUCGGGCGGCGCCGUCAUGGUUUUCUUCCUGUUCCUCGGGAUCGCCACAGGCUCCACCUUCGGCUUCCUCGUCAGCGACAACGGAUGGCUCGGUUUGUAG